AUCCUCAGCUCCUUCCCCCAGGAUUCGGUUGUGGGAUCCUCUGGAGCACCCGUCCUUGGGGGCUACGGGGGCUAUGGCUCCCUGGGCUACGGGGGUCUGUGGGGCUAUGGGGGCUACGGCUCCUCCCUGGGCUAUGGGGGUCUGUACGGCUAUGGGGGCUCCCUGGGUUACGGGGGUCUGUACGGCUACGGUAGAUCCUAUGGCUCUAGCAACUGCAACCCUUACUCCUACUGGUCCAACAGGUACAGCCGUGGGAUCUGUGGGCCCUGCUAA